UGAUAAAUACAUGAUCCACUUGUUGUCUGUCAGUAGACACGCCCAUCAUGACACUGGAGGACAUCCAACAGAGCUCAGCGAAAGUCAUCAGCGUUUUCACAUUUUGAACUGUUUUUGUUUCAUGCACACAUUCGUCAUCUGCGGGAUUCUGUGUCGUCACUGUCGUGCACGCGCCUGCAGCUCUGCGCGUGUAGAGAAACGCUGGAAUAUCGCGAUGCCUGCUGAAACUCACAGUGACAGACUGUUUUCCUCAGUCAUGACGGGUCAGAGCGCCUGUGCUCCAGAGGAGGGCGCUAUACGCAUCAAUGUCGGAGGCUUCAGGCGUCGACUGCUUUCCAAGCGACUCUCUCGCUUCCCCGAGACGAGGCUUGCGCGCUUGCUAAGGUGUCGCUCCAAAGAGUCCAUCCUCGAACUGUGCGACGACUACGACGACUCCGAGAAGGAGUUCUACUUUGACCGUAAUCCAACGCUCUUCCCUUACGUUUUACACUUCUACAAUACGGGGCGGCUGCACGUUAUGGAUGAACUCUGCGUCUUUUCCUUCAGUCAAGAAAUCGAGUACUGGGGCAUCGAUGAGCUGUUCAUCGACUCGUGCUGCAGCGGCACCUUCCACUGCCGCAAGAUGGAGCCCGACGAGACGGACUGGGACGACAAGAGCGAAGAGGGAAGCACCGCUUCGUCUUUUGACGAGAUCCUGGAGUUCUACAGCGACGCCGGUAAAUUCGACAAGCAGCUGCUGGGAAGCGUCCGCCGGAAGAUCUGGCUGAUGCUGGACAAUCCUGGCUAUUCGCUACCCAGCCGCCUCAUCAGUAUGUUCUCCAUUCUGGUCCUGUUGGGCUCCAUCGCCACCAUGUGUUUGAACAGCAUGAGCGAGUUCGCGCUGCUGGACGGCGACGGCCGGCCCCGUGAGGACCCUCGCUUCGAGGCCGUGGAGCACUUGGGAAUCGGGUGGUUCACGUUCGAGCUGCUCGCCAGAUUCGCCGUGGCGCCGGACCUCCUCCGUUUCUUCGCACACCCGCUGAACCUGAUCGACCUGGUGUCUAUCUUGCCUUUCUACCUGACCUUGGUCAUUGACCUGGUCGCGGAGAGCAGCCCGGCGCUGGCGAACCUGGGUCGAGUCGCGCAGGUGCUGCGGCUGAUGAGGAUCUUCCGCAUCCUGAAGCUGGCACGUCACUCCACGGGCCUGCGGUCGCUGGGCGCCACGCUCACAAACAGCUACAAGGAGAUCGGGCUGCUGCUGCUGUAUCUGGCCGUCGGCGUGUCCUUCUUCUCCGUCAUGGCCUACACCGUGGAGAAGGAGGACAACGAGGGAUUGAACACCAUCCCGGCCAGCUGGUGGUGGGCGACGGUGAGCAUGACCACCGUGGGCUACGGAGACGUGGUUCCCGGCUCCGUCGUGGGCAAACUGACGGCCUCGGCCUGCAUCCUGGCGGGAAUAUUAGUCGUCGUGCUUCCGAUCACUUUGAUAUUUAACAAGUUUUCUCUGUUUUAUAAGAGACAGAAACAGCUGGAGAUCAUCAUGCGGAGCUGCGACUUCGAUGGGGGAAUGAAGGAGGCUCCGUCUGUCAAUCUGAGGAAUUAUUACGCUCAUAAAGUCAAGACACUGAUGGCCAGUCUGUCCAACAUGAGCCGCAGUUCCCCCAGCGAUCACAGUCUGAACGUCUCUCUGCAUUAGACUGUGCUGACGUCACUGCGGCGUGUUUUCUUUAACAGCGAGAUGAUCAGUGUGUGAAUCGGCAUCUUCUCCUGGGUUUUCUCCUCAUUGUCCAGCUCAUUGGUUGGAGGGAACAGCAGGUGUACAGUAUAUCGGUGGAAGCUGUCGGUCUCGUGGGUUCAGGAGGAUUUCUGUGCGUCUGCUGGACUUUGCUUAGCACUGAAUCUCCUCCGACUGUCACUAUAUAUUUGCAUGUUUUUCUGUAUCACUGUUGUUCAGUAAGGAAAAACAAUUGUAGUGACCAGAAUUAGUAGUACUGAGAAGCAUCUGUAAAUGUGACAAAUCCAUCUGAAAUGUGAGGAGCUGAACUUUGAAAUGAAUGAUUUUCAGUGAAGUUUUGUUGCUGUAAAGGUGAUGAUAUGCGGGCAACUUUUUAAGCAAUGUUGCUUGGGCACUUUUCCAUUCAAACUGAAGAUUGAAUCAAAACUGUUGUCAAUAGGAAAGUGCCCAAGCAACAUCACUCAAAAAGUUGCCCCGUGUAUCAUUACCUUGAGGUAAACAAAUUUUUCUAUUUCUGAGUCGGGUAUGAAUGGGCACAGACGUAUUUGUUACUGUGUGGAUUUGUGUCAUAUUUCUAGCUCAUAAUUUUCUUUUCCCUUUACUUAAAGAAAAUGAAUCCUGUUUUUAAGACUGUUAAGAUUUUUUGUAUUAUGACAUUAUUAUUUAUUUAGUGUGUGUGUGUGUGUGACCUGCAAACUCAAUUACUGCUGAAAAAUAGAUGGCCACAUCACAAACUGUCAACUAUAAUGGGAAAUAUAAAUGUUUAUAUAUAUAUUGUAAAGGAUGUUUGUGUCAAGGUUGUACUGCUUUAAACUGUAACAAAUUGUAAAAAUACUGUUGCACGGAUGAGAAUCUAUUGAAAACCAUCAUUUAAAAUAAUGGCAAUUACAAGAAACUAAAGCACAUUGUCUGAAUGCAUUACAGUAAUUACAGUGUUUCUUUUGCAUUAUAGUAAUAAUGAUUAUUGUCAUGAAGAUAAUCUUACUGCUCUUAGUGGAAAAAUAUCUUAAUGGCUCUGAAAAUAGGCUUAAUUUUCUUUAUGAAAAAUAUUCUUUUGACUGAGUUGAAAUGUGACCUGGACAGAUGAUCUGCCACUUGCCCUGUUCACUAGUCUAGUCUACCUGAAGCGGUGCGUGAUCUGGUUCUCAUGUGGAUCUGGUUCUCGUGGGAGAGCCGCCAUGACGAUGAGCGCCGUUCCCUUGGAAACACGCUUUCUGAUUCCUCUGCUCAGAGUGUUUCUGUCGCAACUGUAAAAACUGAUUUAAACUGCAGCUUUGUUCAUAUUAAAUCAUAUAUGGACAUAA